AUGGUUUCGCUCAACAGCAAGGAAGCACAACCUGAUGAAAAAGAGUUGCCUGCAGAUGCCACUGAUAGAAACGCAUGGCCAGCAAAAGAAGCUGGGGAGCGUAUAAAUGAUUAUGACAGUUGCUCAAAAAGGCUGGAGUUCUAUGAAAGGAAUGCGUUGGCCUGUGAGGUUAGCGAGAGAAAUGGUGUCUCGUAUUUUAGGGCAUUAAAAAACGAAGAGCAGUGCCGAAAAGAUGUCGAAACGCUUUUGUCUAUGGAAUUAAGGGUGGCUAUAGCAAAUUUUGUCAACUUCAACUCGACAAGAAAGGUAUCGACUCUCGUGAACAGAGUAUUUCAACGUUUUAGGAACCGGUUUUUUGAAGGUGAAAUAGUGUGCCUUAAAAAUAAUCAAAGAAAAGUUCUGCUUCUUCCUAAAUUGAAAAAAUGUGACUUAGGAGGACUUCAAGAUGCACCAUCCUAUAAUACUUUAUUUGUUGUCAAGGACGUAUUCCAAUCCAAUGAAGUUGUGGAAAGUGGAACGGAAGAAAUUUUGGCGUCAGAUUUGUCAUUAUAUUUAAUCACAGGAUAUACAAGACCGAAAUCUAAAGGUAUAGCUUUAAUCGCAAGCCAAAAUGAGAUCGAAAGGCCGGCUUGUCAAUUUUCAAAAUUUUUAAUUGCAUGUUUCCUCAACAAAAUAAUCAUAAAGGUGUCAAAUAAACAAUACGCUCCUUGGAGGGUGAAACAACAGUAUGUGGAAAAAUAUAAUGUGAAUUCUAAAUGCCCUCCUGAAAUCUUUAAAUAUCUGUCAGAUGAAAAGGAUGCAGCUUCUCUGGAACCUUAUACCCCUUCAACCAUACCACCGGAGGAGGACGUUGAACCCACUGACUGGGAAGAAUGGCCGCCAUCCAAAAUACAAAAAGUCAGUAACGAGAUUUCAGCCAAAUUUGAUCCAAUUCAUACUGCAAAAUUCACUGGUUACAACUCAUCAAAGCGAAUCGUGAAUGAUAAGGAGCUUCCAUUCACAGGACCAUCGACACCAUUCAAAAGCACCUGUUACUUAGAUAGCUUCCUAGAAUUUAAAACUAUCGAUCUGCAAUGGUAUGAAGAAUGUGCUCAGCUUUCUACGGAAAGAUUGCUGGUUGUGUAUCGAUUUCUAAAUUCUUUUGGGCCUUUUAUUGGUCUUGUACAUUUUAAUUUUGAUCAGUUCCUCACUACUAUCAAAUGCACUGAUCCAGAAGUCCUAGUGGAUGAAUACGUAAAAAUCAACAUUGUCAACGUUGACCGCAAGGAAGAUACUGCUAGAUAUGGGGAGCUACAGACCGAUAGUUAUGGUCCAAGUGGCAUAAAUAAAGUAUCCCAACGGAAAGGGACUAAAAUUCCUAAUUUGAAUGGAGGCUGUUCCAUACCAAGCAACUUUACAAGAAACCAAGGGAUUAGAAAGUUAAUAACGAAUAAAAGCACUGAAUUUUUGAAAUAUUCCAUCUUCAAAAGUGAGCCCCCUAAGAACGAGAGUAUGGACGCGUAUCCUUUCAAAAAAGCAAGUGAUCUUUAUAUUGAUAUAGCUUGCUCUUUAUUAUCACUAAUAACUAACGAAAAGGGAAACUGGACAUGUGAUGUGAUGGGGGAUUGGAUUGAGGAAGAGCGAAAGGAAGAAGAAGGGAAAAUUUUCGAUGACAAAAUCAUAGAAAAAUGUUUAAGUUAUGGGAAUACAAGGUCGCCUAAACUUUCAUCAAGUAAGAAUUUGAGAAAAGAAAAUUGGUUGAUUUGUUUCCUGGGGAUACUGAAACAGAAUAUGCAUAUAAUAAGAUAUAGCGAUGUUGCGGAAUCCCUCACAGAGAAAUUAUUACCUUCGGCUAUGAAUUCCGAUGAUUUGGGUGAAGAGCUGUGGCAGAACUUUUGCAGAAAACUAUCUAAAAAAGCUAAAAUUGAUAUCUUAUGGAUUCUUGUGGAUUUGAUUUCCAAUUUUUCAAGCUACAUCAAAGAGCUGGUAGAUGGAGCACCUCAACUAUGCAAUAAAAUUCGCUUAGAACUGGAUAACGUUAAAAAAAAGUAUCAUGAAUUGAAAGAGCAGCUAAAAAUUCUCUCCGAAGAAUAUGUACAGCUUUGCAACACACCUGCGAUAAACAAAUGUAAAUUAGACGUAUGCGAAAAUAAAAUCAACGGGUACAAAGUGAAGAUGAAAUAUUUAAGGGAAGAUACUAACUAUCUAGAAGCAAAACUGCUCCAAAGCGAUAUUAAGAGACUAGAAACGUUGGGUAAAGAUAGGUACGGGAAUCGAUAUUACUGGAUGGAUUCGAAUGGGUCGCCUUCGCCCGUCAACCAGAAGGAUGAAUUACAUUACAACUGCUGUUAUUUGUGGGUUCAAGGGCCCUCUGAAGAAGACGUGAAUUUUUACCUAGAUGUUGACCAAGCUUCCUUGAGAAAGUGGAAGUCAUCUGCAAAAGUAAACGGUACUGUCCAUGCGUCAAAGGAAGUUUUUUCAAUAUACAGGUCAGCAGAUGGGUCUUACUUUCGCAAAUUUCAGGGUGAAGAUAUAAAGAUCAUUGAUUCAAACGGUAUUUUAGUGCAAUCUACGCCUCUAGCACCUAUUCAUAGGAAAAUAAUAGCUGAAACUCCCGAAAAACUUUUGCUGUCUUCCCAUCAAUGGUUUUUUAUGAAUGAUGUGGAAGAUAUACACAUGCUGGUGGAUAAAUUGGACAAUUUAGCAGAAAAUGAACGCCAGUUGAAGAAAGCUUUGACUCAUAGAAUGCACCGUAUUGAAGCAUCAUACGAACAACAAUUCAAAGCUAAAAGGCGUGUUGAAUUUGAUAGCGCCCUCAAAACAUAUCAUAAGCUCUGGAAAGCUAACGAAUUCACAUCAUCUGACUUGCAAAGAAUUGGAGCAAUGGAUAUAUCAAAUGACGAACGCGUUACUAGUAUUGUGAAGCUUGCCAAAGAAUUAUCCAGAGAAGAUAAUGAUGUCGUUACCGAAAAGAUUUUAAAAGACGCAAUACUACUCGGAGAAUGUGAAAGAGUCCUCCUGGAGAAGCAACAAGGUUUACUCUAUUCUUUGGAUUUUCAUUUCGAACAAUUACGUACAGUAGACCACAGACUUGUUCUUAAGAUGAAAAAGAAAAAGCUGGAGGAAGUUCUUACGAAGCUUUUGAAUCAUCAAAGGCACAGGUAUAUCAGUAGCACUUCAGAACUUGGAACAAAAUCUCAGUGGGCAAAAGAAGCUACAUAUCUUAGUGUACAGGGCAUGCUAGAAGAGAUAAAACGUCAUAUUAAUUCAAGGCACAAAGAGACUCCUAAGGACUACUAG